ACCACCCAAAUUUUACCAAACUUCGAAUUUUAAAACAGCCCCCAAAAUCCAAACAAACAUAUUGGCGGCUUAUAAACCCAAUAAACCUCUCAUUUCUUUCCUCUCCAGUUCGUCAAAUCUUCAAUUCAACUAAUUUUCUCUUGCUUUUCUUUGUUAGUUCUUGCAACUACAUAUGAAGAAGCAAGAGAAAGAGGCAAUAAUGGCGGAUUUAGAAAAUUGUGGCAGAGUUACACGGCUAGCCAAGAAAAGGGCAGCAGAGGCUAUGGCCUCACAUCAACAACAACACCCUAGUAAGAAACGGGUGGUUUUGGGCGAGAUUCAGAAUUUUUCUAAUCUGGGUGUGAGUCAAAUUAAGGGUUUGAACACUGAGCCUAAAAAACAACCCAAAUCGAAGCAGCAGCAAUCUAAGAGGAAACUGAAAAGGGCUGUGACUAGUAAAAUUGAUAAGGAGGAGUUGAAUGUGGAUAAUGUUGAUGCUAAUUACGAUGACCCUCAGAUGUGUAGUGCUUAUGUUUCUGAUAUAUAUGAUUAUCUUCGUAAAAUGGAGAUUGAGGAAAAGAGGAGACCUUUGCCUGAUUACUUAGAGAAAGUUCAGAAGGAUUUGAGCCCAAACAUGAGAGGGGUAUUAGUCGAUUGGCUAGUGGAAGUUGCAGAGGAAUACAAGCUACUUUCAGACACUUUAUAUCUUGCUGUUUCCUACAUCGAUAGAUUCUUAUCAACAAAUGUCAUCACCAGGCAAAAACUUCAGCUUUUGGGUGUUUCGUCAAUGCUCAUUUCUGCGAAGUAUGAGGAGAUUAGUCCACCACAUGUUGAAGAUUUUUGUUACAUAACGGAUAACACAUAUACUAAGGAAGAGGUGGUGAAAAUGGAAGCUGAUGUGCUUAAAACACUCAACUUUGAGAUGGGAAAUCCCACAGUGAAAACAUUUCUCAGAAGAUUUACUGGGGUUGCUCAAGAAGAUUAUAAAACCCCCAAUUUGCAGUUGGAGUUUUUGGGCUAUUACCUAGCGGAGUUAAGCAUAUUGGAUUAUAGCUGUGUGAAAUACGUACCUUCUUUGCUGGCUGCUGCUGUGGUAUUCCUUUCGAGGUUUACACUACAACCUAAUACACAUCCUUGGAGUUUGGCUCUUCAACAAUACUCGGGAUAUAAAGCAGCGGAUUUGAAGGAAUGUAUUCUUAUCUUACACGACUUGCAAUUAAGUAGAAGAGGAGGCUCUUUAGCGGCUGUGAGGGACAAAUAUAAGCAGCAUAAGUUUAAGUGUGUGUCAUCGUUGACCUCUCCAGUGGAAAUACCAGCUUCAUUCUUUGAAGAUAUGAGACAAUUGUAAAUUAGGCUUCUGCUUGGACAUACAAUAGGAAGGAGUAGACUGUGUUCUUGGUUUUGCUUAAACUGGAUAUCUGGCUAAUUGUGCUUUAACGAUGCUGCGGACAUAGUGUUUGUUUUAGUAGAUUUUGCAGUCCUCAGAUGUAUCUGGUGUUAGGAUUACUAACUGGUAGUUAGUAAGAUAAGUUUGAUUAGAUUUUGUAGGUCGGUUAGAAACAGAACCAUUGAAUUGAUUGUGAAGUUAUUGAUUCCAUUUACAAGUCUUGUAUUCCAGGGAUGAUGUUUGGUAGUAUUUGAUACAGAGAAAUCAAUCAUGUAAAAAGCCUGAAUAGCUUCAGAUAAAAGAACAGAUUGCCCAAUUAAAUCAUUGUGUUCAUCUACAUUAGUAUGUGUACCCAUCGCAACAACUACUCUUUUCAGGUUUGCCUUUUUUUAGAAGAAAAGAAACUAUGUGCA